AUGACAAUUUUCGCAACAGAUUUUCUUGUCGGUGACAACAGAGGUUGGACCAUUAAUGUUGACUACCAAGCUUGGGCUCAGGGGAAGCAGUUAUACGUUGGCGACAACCUUGUUUUCAACUAUCCAGAAGGAGUUCACAAUGUGCUGAAGGUGAACGGAACUGGUUUCCAAGAAUGUGCAGCUCCUGCAGGCACUGUGGCAUUAACAAGUGGGAAAGACGUGAUAAACCUAGAAACUCCGGGGAGGAAAUGGUAUAUCUGUGGUGUGUCGAAGCACUGUGAAGUCGGACCCCAGAAGCUUUUCAUAACUGUGAUGCCAUCUUCCUUUGCUCCAAGCCCUAGCCCUACUACGUCCUCUGCAGCAAGUACAAGUAUAAUUGGAGCCAGAUAUGGGUGGAUCGUCCUCACUUUUGGCACCAUUCUUCGGAUGCUCGUGGCUUAA